AGCAGCUCUGAACCCUCCCAAAACCCUUCUCAUGCCCUCUCCCUUAUUCUGAAUCUUCUUCUACCUGUUCCCAUGUACGGACACCCCGACCAAUUCCGCCCUCCCGGCGGCGGGGGUCGCCGUGGCCAACCGCCGUCUCUGACCCCUAACCCAAACUUCUACCACCAUAACCCUGCCUUCCAGUACUUCCACCAUAACCUCAGUCCCUCUUUGCAGCCCUGCGGUUACCCUGUACAGGACCCUAAUUUCUUCGUCCAAAACCCUAAUCUCCCCGUCCAGAACCUUAACUUCACGUUUGAAGGCCCUAUAUCGGCUCAAAACCCGAAUUUUUCUCUCCGACCACGACUUGAGGCGUCCCCGCAAAGCCCCGGGUUGUCUCUUGAGAGGAUCGAACGGGCGGUGGUCCGGGCCCGCUGGGACCUUCAUGCUUCCGGGGAGAGCGUUUCGGCAUGGAAAGUGUCCCAGGCGGUGGUUUCCGCCCUGCGGGUUGAUUCGUGGAGCUCUCUGGGGUUUCAGAUGCAGGAGAUUCCCUCCCUUCACCGCCUCAUGCUCAUCGAAGGGAAGAUAAAUGCAUUUAUCCAUUGCUUUGUUGGGGUUUGGGGAAUCACUACUUUGCAUGACUUGCAAGCGGCGAUUUGCAGAAAUGAAGGUGUGGAGAAUUUUGAAGAUCUGGAGUUGGGUCCCUUAUUGCGGCAUCCACUUGUGUUGCAUUACUUUUCUGUGAACACUGACAAAGUAUUUAAGAUAACUAGUGCCGAGAUAAUAUCAUACCUUUGUGAAUUCCUGGAUGCUUUCCCGAAGAAUGAUGUUAAGGUUGAGGAAUUUCUGGAUUUUAUUGCCAUGAAAAGAUCCAUGUCGAACAAAGAAAUGCUUAUGGUGCGAAUUCAGAGUCUGGGGAUGCACAUUUUUGCUAUACGGGAAGCCAAGAGGUUGGAAGAUAACCCUUUGAAGAAAUUCUUGCAGUCAAUGAAACAGAAAGCGAACAAAAAAAUCCAGAAGCGGCCUCUUCUUUCUUCAGAGAAGAAGCUGUUGGAUGAACGCUUUAGUGUUAUAUCUGAACGUAUCAAAUUAUUCUCAUCAGCUCAUGAGGAUUUUAGUGGCAAGCAUACAAGGUUCCUUUCGUCUAGCUCAGAAGAUGAAGAUAGCGAUGAAGAUAGAGGCAAAGAUAUAAAAACUGAAGUCAAAGUGAAUAGCAACAUGAAGCAUUCAGAGAAAAAUGAUCGGGUAAGUAGCUGUCCAUAUCCAUCAGUAACUGAAGAGAUGGAGAGGCUGGGUUUGAAAUCGGAAGUGGGUACGCCCUCAUCUGUCAGUGGCCUCAAAACUAAAAGUGAGGCCAAGCACAAUUUGUCUUCUCUGCUUAAACCUCGUGGAAGAGGAAAGAAGAAAAAAUCUGCAAAUGCUAAUUGCAGUAUGUCUGCUCCUACUACAAUUCCUCAAAAAGGAAAGAAAAGAAAAGCUGAAAAUGCUAUUCGUGGGAGUUGUACUCCUAAAAAGAAACCAAAGAAAGAGGACAAGCCUGCAGUGUAUAGUGGCAUGCUGGUCAGAGAUGAAGAUACCGUCAGUGAAGAUGAACUCAUACUUGAUGCGAGUUCAAUGAGAAUGUUCAUUGGAACCUGGAAAGAGACUUGUCGGGACCUGGAUGUAGCUAAGGCCCUCAUGAGGAUGCUUCAGUCAUAUAACAUCAGAUCUCGAGAAAGGAGAAGACUUACAUCUCUAUUUGCUAUGUAUCCCUUUAUAGGGUUACUAAAUGUUGCUGUGAUAUCUAUCAAAAAUGGAAUGUGGGACAACAUCUAUGAUGCUUUACAAGCCAUAGAUCAAGGUGAAGUAGGGAACACAGUUAAUGAGGCAAAUACUGAGUAUGAAACUAUAGAUGUACAACCAGAUGAAAGAAUCUCCACGGCAAUUCAAACAGAAAUUGCAGACCGGAUGCCAAGUGUUCCUGCCGAAGAUAUUAUCAGCAAAAUUGCUGCAUUCUUCAAGGUUGAUUAUCAAUCCUUAAGCAAGGGCAGAUCACUUUUUGAAAAGAAAUAUACUAUAUUUAAGAAGCUUUAUGACUGUGAGGCGUGGCUAGUGGAGCAAUUAUCAGUGAAAAAUUUUAGCUCUCUUGGUUUCGGGGGAUUCUCUACAUUUAUUGAGAAGCAUUUCUCCUCAUUUCCUAAACAGUUCUGUGACCUCUUGCACAUGGAGAGUUGUAAAAAUACCCCUUUGGAAGCUUGCAUGCGCCAGCAUCAAUUGGUCAUGUUAGUUUCGCAAGCAUCAUCCAGUUUAUGGGAGGAUGAAGCUGUAACGAAGCAAAUGAUUUUGACUCUUCUUCGAAAGCAAUUUCCAUUGCUUGAUUUCAGAAUAACAGAGAAUGGUAGCAUGGAGGAUUUCUUAGAUGCUGUGAAGGAUUAUAGGAACAACUUAAUGUCUAAAUGCGUAAUUUAUUCUGCUGCAUUGUUUGGAUCGAGUUGUAAGGGACAAGUUAUUGCUGAUGUUGUGAAGUUAUCAGAGGACAAAGUGGGAACCAGUAUUUCUUCUGAAAUAUUGGCACCGGUGACGAGUAAAGAAGCAGCUUCCGUCCUACUGAAAGCACCAAUGCUGGCAGAUCUUAUAUCAUGGUCAAACUGGGACCAGGUGUUUGCUCCUUCCCUUGGUCCUCUGAUGGAGUUUUUGUUGAAUGAAAUCAACUCAAAAGAGCUGUUAUGUUUGGCUACUAGAGAUGGGAAAGUCCUUCGAGUUGACCAGUCAGCUACAGUUGAUUCAUUCUUGGCAGCUGCACUUAUUGGUUCCUCUUUCCUAACAGCACUGCAACUUGUGUCAUUGAUUUCAGUAGUAGGAGGAGAAAAGCAUGUGCCAUUGUCACUACUCAAAUGCCACUCAUGUCGAGCAUUUGAAGUCAUCAAGUUGAAUUUCCAGGGUGCGAAGGUUUCUGGUAACACGAAAGAGAAAGUACUUUCUCCGUCGAGAUUUUUUCUUGAAUCUCUUGGUUAUAUACCUGCAGAUUUUCGUGCUUUUGCAGCCGAUGUUUUCUUCAAGGGGCUUCGUUCUGUUGUGAAAGAUGCUCCUUCAGCUGUUCUGGAAGAAUGCGACCAAUUGGAGCAUCGAAUUAUGCUUCAUGGAGUAGGAUUAUCUCUUGGCAUAGUGGAGUGGAUCCAUGACUAUAAUUCAUUUACUUCUGAUGCUGAAAGUGUCUCUUCUGCGACUGAUUGCCGAUAUAAGAAAGUAGAGGGAUCAGACUAUGAGAUAAACAUUAAGCAUAUAGAAGGUCCUGUUGAUAAGAAAUCUUCUGUUGACGAUGAAAAUGUACGACGAGGGAAAGUAGAGGGUAUAUGCAGUGCAUUUGACGGUGCAGUUGAUGUUAAAGGACAAACUGGUGGUGUUGUCAGUGUAGAGACAGAUGCACCAUUGCUUAUUGAAUCGAUCAGGCAAGACGAGUUUGGUCUGAACCCGACUUUUUCUGCCACAGAGAGUAGUAUGUUGAAGAAGCAACAUGCUCGCUUGGGAAGAGCCCUCCACUGUCUUUCACGUGAAUUGUAUUCUCAAGAUUCUCAUUUUCUUCUUGAGCUUGUUCAAAAUGCUGAUGAUAAUACUUAUCCAGAGAAUGUGGAACCAACACUAAUUUUAAUUCUUCAAGGAUCGGGAAUUAUUGUUCUAAAUAAUGAGCGAGGAUUUUCUGCAGCAAACAUAAGAGCUCUUUGCGAUGUUGGAAAUUCAACAAAAAAAAGAUCUACUGGCGGAUACAUAGGGCAGAAAGGCAUAGGGUUCAAAUCAGUUUUCCGGGUGACAGAUGCCCCAGAGAUACAUUCUAAUGGAUUUCACAUCAAAUUUGAUAUAAGUGAAGGGCAAAUUGGAUUUGUCCUGCCAACUCUUGUGCCUGCUUGCAAUAUUGACUUCUACUGUAAAUUGGCUUCUGGUGACGACAAUCCAUUGGAUCAUAGCUCCUGGAACACUUGUAUUGUACUUCCUUUCAAGUCUCAACUGCUGGAAGGAAAUGCAAUGAGCGGUGUUAUGACAAAGUUUUCUGAUCUUCACCCAUCAUUACUCCUCUUCCUCCACCGCCUGAAAUGCAUAAAGUUCAGAAACAUGCUUGAUGAUUCUCUAGUUACUAUGAGGAAAGAGGUCCUAGAGAAUGGUCUUGUUAGGGUGUCUCAUGGGAAGGAGAGAAUGACUUGGUUGGUAGUUUCUGAGAAGCUGCAGGCAGAUUUUAUUCGCCAUGAUGUGCAAUUAACGGAGAUUGCAUUGGCUUUUACCCUUAAGGAAUCAGAAGAUGGCUAUUACAUCCCUUCUCUGGAGCAACAGCCUGUGUUUGCUUUUCUUCCUCUUAGAACCUAUGGUCUAAAAUUUAUCCUCCAGGGUGAUUUCGUCCUUCCGUCAUCAAGAGAGGAAGUAGACGGGGACAGCCCAUGGAACCAGUGGCUACUGUCUGAGUUUCCCAGUCUAUUUGUGAGGGCCGAAGAGUCUUUCUGUGCUCUCCCUUGCUUUAGAGAAAAUAAAGGGAGAGCUGUGUCGGCAUAUAUGAGCUUCGUCCCACUUAUUGGUGAAGUUCAUGGCUUCUUUUCGUGUCUUCCUCGAAUGAUAAUAUCUAAGUUGCGAAUGUCUAAUUGCUUGCUUUUAGAUGGAGAGAAUUGGGAGUGGAUCCCUCCCUGCAAGGCCCUUAGGGGCUGGGACGAACAAGCUCAAAAACUUUUUUCCAAUUCUCUGCUCCGAGACCACCUUGGUAUUGGAUUCCUCAAUAAAGAUAUAAUCUUGUCCGAUCAAUUAGCGAGGGCUCUUGGAGUUGAGGAAUAUGGCCUGAAAACUUUAGUUCGAGUAAUUUCCUCAUUGUGUGAGAAGGGUAAUGGAGUUCAGUUGAUGGGUUUGGAUUGGCUCUUUCAUUGGCUAAAUGCUUUGUAUUCCAUGUCCUUAAAGUCAUCUUCUGGUGAGAAUUCUGAAAUAGAGAAUGAUCUGAUAAAGAACCUUAAGAAAAUUGCAUUUAUUCCGCUCUCAGACGGCACAUUUAGCUCGCUGCUUGAAGGUACGAUUUGGUUGCACACUAACUCCAUGAAUUCUAGCAUUAAUGGUGACUACGGAUCAGAAGCAUCUCAUAAUAUCUGCUGUAAGCUCAGGAUAGUAAACCCAUCACUGUUUUCAUCCUCGGAUAUGCACUUGGUUGAUAAUGUGACUAAGAUUCUCCAGAGGAUUGGGGUCCAGCGGCUCUCUGCUCAUGAAAUCAUUAGAGGACACAUCUUGCCUGCACUAUGUGAUGAGAGAAAUGGGAACGAGGAUCAAAACCUGAUGAUAGAAUGCAUUUGCUUUGUGAUGGUCCACCUACAGUCUAACUGCCCCUCCUGUCGCACUGAAAGGGAAAGCAUUAUCUAUGAGUUACGAAAUAAAGCUCUUAUCUUGACGAAUUAUGGUUUUAAACGCCCAGUUGAGGUGCCUAUUCAUUUCAGUGAAGAGUACGGAAAUCCUAUCAAGAUAGAUAGGUUGGUCAAUCCUGAAGACAUGAGGUGGCACGAGGUGGAUAAAUCGUACUUGGUACAUCCGAUGAAUGACUCGCACCUGUGUGGAUUGAAGAACUGGAGAGACUUCUUUCAGGAAUUGGGUAUUACAGAUUUUGUGCAGGUAGCUCAAGUUGAGAGGCAUUUUACUGAAAUUUCUCACAUGCUUCCGGAAAUAAGCCUCAAGGAUAUGCACCUUAUUGGUCCUGGCUCUGUUGGGAAAGACUGGGAAUCAAAUGAGUUGGUUAAUUUGUUGUCGCUGUUGGCCAAAAGUGGAAAUCCUGAGAGCUGUAAAUAUCUGUUGGAUAUUCUAGACUUACACUGGGACAGUCUCUUCUGUGACAAAGUUAUGGGUCACUUCCAUCUUACGUCCACUAUGAAUGAUCCGGUAGUUUUCGAAUCUUCAUUUUUAAGGCACUUACGCAAUGUUCAAUGGGUGGUAUCAAGUAUGGACAAUGAACUUCACUAUGCUAGUGAUUUAUUCCACGACUGUGAUUCUGUGCGUUCGGUUUUAGGCCAUUCUGCUCCAUAUGCUGUUCCACAGGUGAGAAGUACAAAGUUGCGGAGCGGUAUUGGGUUCAAAACAAAAGUCACCCUCAAUGAUGUUUUAGCAAUUUUGGACCUUUGGAGGAGAUCAGAAACUUCUUUCAAUGCAAGCAUAGCACAAAUGUCAAGAUUGUACACAUUCGUAUGGAACAAAUUGGCAUAUGCAAAAGGAAGUAUUGCAAGCAAGUUCAAAGCACAGAAAUUCAUAUUUGUUCCAUCGGUCUCCGUAUCUAGGCACGACAGCCUUGUGCCUGGUCUGUUUUGCUCUCCUGAGGAGGUGUAUUGGCAUGAUUCGACUGGUGUGUUGGAUCAGAUGAAUGAAGAAUUCGCCUCAGAUGUUCUGAACCAUCACGUCCCUCUCAAGACAAUACACAACAUCUACUCAGGCCUUCAUGACUUCUUUGUUAUUGAGUGUGGAGUUCCUGAGAGCCCUCGUUUUGAUGGUUAUGUCAUGAUCUUGCAGCGGCUGUCCAAAACGGUUUUGCCCUCACAAGCAGCUCAUGCUGUGUAUAAAAUUUUCCAGAAGUGGAAUGAGGAAUUGAACUCUGGAUCCUUGGAUGCUGCAGCUAUUGGGCACUUGAGAGAGAGCUUGACAAAAACACAAUUUAUGGUGCUGCCAACAGUACAGGACAAGUGGGUUUCUUUGCAUCCAUCCUUUGGUCUCAUAUGCUGGGUUGAUGACAAGAAGCUAUAUAAGGAAUUCAAGAAUUUGAUGGGAAUCGACUUUCUGCGCUUCUGUGAGCCUAGUGAAGAUGAUGAACUGAUGCUCCCUACCAGAAUGUCUAACCUCCUGAGAGCCUUGGGGAUUCCUGCUCUUUCCGAGGUUAUAACCCCUGAGGCAAAAUAUGAAGGUCCAUCAGAUAGUAGCUUGAAAGCUUCAUUGAUCAACUGGGCACUUCCUUAUGCUCAACGUUACCUCUAUUGCAUGCAUUCAGAGAAGUACUCAGAGUUAAAAGAAUCUGGGUUCGACAAUGUGAACAAUUUACAGGUGUUAGUAGUCGAGAAGUUGUCCUAUCGCAAUCUCGUGAAAUGCAUCAAAGAGUCAUCGAAGAAACUAUACAAUUGCAGCUCCAUUCUGCAGGGUAAUACCCUGUAUGUCGCCCACGACUCAGAAAUGCACGCUGUAUUCUUGGAGCUCUCCCGACUGUUCUUCUGCGGAACUCCUAACCUCUACAUGGCAAAUUUCCUACACAUGAUCAUGACAAUGGCAGAAUCAGGCUCUCCCAAGAGUCUGGUCGAAAAGUUUGUCCUCGAUACCCAGAAAGUAUCGGAACUUCCUGCUGAGGAGCCGGUUUGGUCCAUUGAAAUCCCACGAACCCCUCUUCCUAAAGGUCCAGAUGAGUCUCUUCCUUCUGCUUCAGCUUCGACAGCUGAAUCUGAGCAAACUGCUGUAAAAUCGAACAAGAGGAAGGCUUCUUGGCCACCCAUAGAUUGGAAAACAGCCCCUGAUUUUAAAUAUGCCCGUCAAAAUGGGUUAAGGUCUCGGGCUGCUUCUUCAGGCGAAGUGCUGCACCAGGAAAGUAAGGAUGAAGAUUCUGAAGUCAUCAUUGCUGAGGUGGAAAAUGCAAUUCCUGAUGAUAUUAAUGUAACACUGAAGGUCAUGGCAGACUCAGAAUCACCUGCUGCUGAAUGGAUCCCAUUGGAAUCCAAUAUCCUCGAAGAUGAGCUUGCUGUUGAUUCAAAUCAUGCUUCUGAUGGACCUGGGCCUAGUUCAGGGCCCGGGUCUUUGAAAUUUUAUCACAGAGACCAGCUCAACACUGGAGCACCCGACCCAGCACAGGCAAUAUUAACGGGGAGGCUUGGUGAGCUUGCUGCAUACAAGUAUUUCUCUGAGAGUUUUGGCAGUCAGAGAAAAGUGAACUGGGUGAAUGAGGUGAGUGAGACAGGACUGCCUUAUGAUAUCCUCAUCGGGGAUCACCAGUAUAAUAGAGAGUACAUAGAGGUGAAGGCGACAACGUCUUCCAGGAAAGACUGGUUCAAAAUAACCCUGAGGGAGUGGCAAUUCGCCAUCGAGAUGGGGGAUUUGUUCAGCGUGGCCCACGUGGUCCUGAAGGAUAAGAAGGCUGCCAGGGUCUCGGUGUUCAGAAACCCCCUAAAGCUUUGCCAGCAGGGGAAGCUUCAGCUGGUGCUACUGAUGCCGAAGGAGUCGAAGAAGGAGUUCUCUGUCGCUGCUUCUUAAUUAAGACCUAGCAGCUUUUGUGUCUGAUAGUUCUAACCUCUUGAAAUCAUGUUAGUCUCGAACAUAAAAUUAUGGGUAGUCUGGGAAUAGAUGGGGGCGGUUAGGACUUAUUAAUGGUCGGUCCUGAUUAAUUGAUGGCGGCCUCGAACAUUAUUUUUUACAGAAAUAGGAACACAUGUUAUACAAAAAAAGCUAGUGAAAGAUGGAAAGAUGACAGGACAUGUAUCAAGUCAUCUUAUUCUUUGUAGUCUUCUCGAUGGUCAAAAUCGCAUUAGGAUUGAAUUUGGUAAUGCUUAUAAUGAUGAUUUUCCAGCUUUCUGUACA